AUGAAAUACGAUGAUGCAGAUAAAGAGCGGAAAUUAAAGCUUUGCGAGUUGGAAGAGCUUAGGGAAGAAGCGUAUGAGUGCGCCUCAAAAUACAAGGAUGAUAUGAAGAGGGCACAUGACGCGAAGUUGAAGCCGAAGGAGUUCGAAGUGGGUCAAAAGGUUUGGCUAUACAACUCAAGGCUUAAAUACUUCCCCGGUAAGCUCAAGAGCAAAUGGAUGGGCCCAUACGUGAUUACAUGGGUCGGAAAGCUUGGAGAUGUUACAAUCAAGGACCCGAAGGAUGGGUCGAAGCAAACGGUUAAUGGGCAUCGCCUUAAACCGUACCUUGAUGGUAACAACGAGAAAAAAGAUGAGAAUGUGGAGUUGGUAAACUUCGUGUUAUGGCCGGUGGUAAAAGACAAAAGACUACAAGGCAAGCUUCAUCAUCAGGAGUCGGUUCUUCUUCUGGUUUAA